CCUAUAUUUAUUAAAAAAUUGAUAAAUUUAAAUAAAAAUGCUAUUUUUUUUAUUUUACAUUCUAUUUUAUAUAAUAAAUGUAUAUUUGUUUUUCUUAAAUAUAAGUAUCUUAUUACUUGCUUAUUUUUUGAUUUUUAAAAAAUAUUUAUUAUUAAAAUAUAUAAUUAUUAUUAUACAAACUAUUUUUUGUAUAUAUAUUUGGCUUUCUUUAUAUUUUUACACACUUUUUUUUUAUUUUUAUUAUUUAUUUUAAAUUAAA